CGUGGGGACGCAGGCGGGCCGUAAGAGAGCGGCGUCAGUGUUGGGGGUAUAUCGAGAAAUAUUCAGGACUUGAAGCAGCUGCCCUAAAGCCUAGACUCACUGUGAUGUUGAGAAGAGUGCCACACUGUGGCUGAGACUACAUGUCACUUUGAUUAGUCUUCUGCUCCUAAGUCCGCGCUGUGGUUCCUGGGUAUUGUGAGUCAGCUGCCUGUGUAUGCCCCAAACCUGACCACGUCUUCCUAUCUCCGGCUUGAUAUCUCACCAUGCAUCGGAGAUCAAGAGGAGUUAACAUCGGGCUGCUUCUGCUCCUUUCUCAAAUCUUCCAGGUCGGGAUCAACAACGUUCCACCUGUCACCCUGGCAACGUUGGCUCUCAACAUCUGGUUCUUCUUGAAUCCCCUGAAGCCGCUGCUUAGCUCCUGCCUCAGCGUGGAGAAGUGUUACCAGCAGAAGGACUGGCAACGCCUGCUGCUUUCCCCUAUUCACCACGCGGAUGACUGGCACUUGUAUUUCAAUAUGGCAUCCAUGCUGUGGAAAGGAAUUCAUCUGGAGAGAAGACUGGGGAGUAGAUGGUUUGCCUACAUCAUCGUCACGUUCUCCCUCCUCACUGGGGUUGUGUACCUGUUCUUGGAAUUUGCUCUGGCAGAAUUUCUAAAUGAGCCUGACUUCAAAAGGAAUUGUGCUAUCGGUUUCUCAGGAGUUUUGUUUGCUUUGAAAGUUCUGAACAACCACUGUUGCCCUGGAGGCUUUGUCAACGUUUUGGGCUUUCCUGUAUCCAACAGAUUUGCUUGUUGGGUGGAACUCUUGGCUAUUCAUUUCAUCUCGCCAGGGACUUCCUUUGCCGGGCAUCUGGCUGGAAUUCUUGUUGGACUGAUGUACACUCAUGGGCCUCUGAAGAAGAUCAUGGAAUCGUGCACAGGCAUUUUCCCAUCCAAUAUUGAUUACCCAGGACAGCAGUACUACUUUAAUAGUUCAGGCUACUCUGGAUAUCAGGAUUAUUACCCAUAUGGUGGGCGAGGUGCCUAUGAAGAUGUCCCCAGGAACUAUGACAUGUAUACUGCGGGACUGAGUGAAGAGGAGCAGCUGGAGAGAGCAUUGAGAGCCAGCCUCUUGGACCAAGGAAAUCGCAGAAGCAGCUCCCCGGCCUAUGGGUUCCGUCUCUCACCAGAAGAAGAAAUGAGGAGACAGCGGCUGCACAGAUUCGAUAGCCAGUGAAGCGACCCAGCCUUGUGAACAAACACGGUCCAGUUGUGCAGUAGUUACCCCCAGACCCUCAGUUUUGUGCAAAAGCAGAGCGGGCACAUGACCAUCCCAGUUGCUCACGCUUGCAGUGGCCUGUCAUCCUUCGGCCACCAUGAGUCCAGUUGAUGUCUUGAGCUGGAUGACGUCUUGAGACCAGGCUUGUUUUGACAGCCCCCAGUUCUCUGGGAAUGGCACUUCCGACCUUGUUCUCUUGCAGACAGAAGCUCGGGCGUCUCCACGUGGGGGUCAGUCUCCACGCUCCCAUCUCUCACUGCUGACUCAGUGGAGCCCCUGCUUUGUUAUGUCUUUGAAGACCCUGACCUUUGCCCGGAGGUUUAUGUUCACCAGCCCAGAAGAUCAGGCUCCCCUCCUGCUCAGUGCCUGACUUGACAGGAAGUGGGGAGCCAUCCCUCAUCCUCCUGGCACACUGCCAUGGUGACUUUCCAGGCACCGGAUGUAGCCAUCAUUGCAGGAUGUCGUCCCAGCCUCCCUCACCCAGGCGCCUUGGUUCCUGGGGUCCCCACGUCUGAGUGGUGUCUGCAGUGAACCUGCUUUUCUCUGAUGCCCCUCUGCCUUCCCAGGAUGUGUCAGUGGAAAAGCUUAAGUGAGACCUCGGAUGGGAAUCCAGUUCCACGCUCCACAACCCGGCAGGUGGCACCGACAACCCAGCUGCAAGAGCCUCUCCGGGGACGAUGUCACAUCCUGGGGAUGCGACUUGUAUUGAACUAACCAGCAGAGCAGCAGCAGGUGCCACGUGCAGAGGAGUGACCAGCAGCUUGGUCAUGCCGAAAUCCUUCCUGAGGAAGUAUUUUUUUUUCUCACAAAAGUGCCUUUUAAUUGACCACUGUAACAGCCACCCUCCAAGACACUCCCCAACGCACAGACCCCAAGUCACUUAAGACAUGUUUCCUGGUGCUUGUGUUUCAUGAAUAAAAGGAAAAGGUCAAAUAUCACUGAUGUCUUAUGUCACGGAGAUAUUUAUAUUUAAAGAGAGUUAGAAGCAGAAAAGGAUCUUCCUCUAUGGCUUUAUAUAUGCUUUAUAUAUGGAUUUAUAUAGUUUCCUGAUUAUGAAAGUAAUAUAUAUACCUUGUAUAUGCAUAAAGCCAACAUCUGGCAGGAAAUGCACCCACAUAUUAACAGAGAUUAUUUAGGAAGGUGGAGUGCAUAGGAUUUUACUUUCUGUUUUUCACAAUUUAUAUUGUCCUCUUUUUAAAAUGUGUGUGUAUGUAUAUGUGUGUACCACUUUUG